UUCUUGUCCUAAUCAUCUGUGUUUCCUUGUUCCACAAGAACACUGCUUUUAUUUCUCUAAACUAGGUUUUUCUUUUUUUAAUCUGAAAUGGGUAAUUGCUUAGAUUCAUCAGCUAAAGUUGAUAACAGGAGCAAUAACUCCGCUUCCUCAGGAGUUUCGAGCAACACAAGCCGUUCCACAGUUCCUUCAGGACCAAGCACAAGUUCAUACACGACGGGAAACAGCAGUUUAGGAUCAUUACCAACGCAGCAUAGGACGGAAGGAGAGAUACUUUCAUCGCCAAACCUAAAAGCUUUCUCUUUCAACGAACUAAAGAACGCAACUAAGAACUUUCGUUCUGAUAGUCUACUAGGAGAAGGAGGUUUUGGUUGCGUAUUCAAAGGAUGGAUUGAUGAAACAACUCUCACUGCUUCACGACCUGGUUCUGGUAUCGUUGUUGCUGUUAAGAAGCUUAAGCCUGAAGGCUUUCAAGGUCAUAAAGAGUGGUUGACUGAAGUAAACUAUCUUGGUCAACUCACUCACCCAAAUCUUGUAUUACUAGUUGGAUACUGCUUAGAAGGCGAGAACAGGCUUCUUGUAUAUGAGUUCAUGCCUAAAGGAAGUUUGGAGAAUCAUCUUUUUAGACGUGGUGCGCAGCCACUUACAUGGGCAAUAAGGAUGAAAGUAGCAGUAGGUGCAGCCAAAGGGCUUACUUUUCUUCAUGAAGCGAAGUCACAAGUUAUAUAUAGAGACUUUAAAGCUGCUAACAUUCUACUAGACGCUGAGUUCAAUGCCAAGCUUUCGGAUUUCGGUUUGGCUAAAGCAGGUCCUACCGGUGAUGCUACACAUGUGUCCACAAAUGUCAUAGGUACUCAGGGUUAUGCAGCUCCUGAAUAUAUUGCCACAGGUAGAUUGACAGCAAAGAGUGAUGUGUACAGCUUCGGAGUGGUACUACUAGAACUAAUAUCAGGACGACGUGCCGUGGACACUUCAAAUGGUGGACUCGAGUAUAGUCUUGUGGACUGGGCAAAACCAUACCUUGACGAUAAGCGAAAGCUUUUCCGCAUUAUGGACACCAAACUAGGCGGUCAAUAUCCACAAAAGGGAGCUUAUGCAGCUGCUAGUCUCGCGUUGCAGUGCUUAAACCCGGAGGCAAAGCUAAGACCUAAAAUGUCAGUGGUUUUAUCCACAUUAGAACAGCUAGAAGCCGCUGUUAAACCUGGAACCAAACACACUCAAAUGGAAUCUCCAAGAGCUCGUCAUUCCUCUGAUAUGCAGAAAUCUCCGGUGAGAUAUAGUCAAGAUCGGCCUCUGCUGAAUGUAACUCCUGGUGCAUCCCCUUUGCCUUCUUACAGUCAAUCUCCGCGAGUAAGAUGA